CCUGAGAAGGUUCGCGCUAAGAAAAGCUCGAUUCGGUUAAAAACGUGAUUCGGUGUGUGUGAUCAUUAUGAAAAAGUGGGAAAACAUGUUCCUGACAGUUGUCGGCUUGAUACUUUUGGGAGUUCUAAGUUCGGUGAAUUGUGAUUUCAUAAAAAAAUCGGAGUACAACAAAAUGCCCAACAUUUUCGAGUACGAUCAUUACGACGAUUGUUUGUUCAACGAUCCGGAAGUGUCAGCGACCUACUGCCUGGUGCGGGCUGUCAUCAAGCCGGAUAACGAAUCGGUCGUUUGGAGGCUAAUCGAGCAGUUUUCGGCCAACACCAAACUCAAUCUGAACCACAUGGCUCUGGAUCGGGGAAUCUGUCUCCGAAACAAUGACAACAGCAGCACCGUGGGACAGCUCAAAGAUCCCAAACUUAGCCAUCUGAUCGUACCGAAGUUCAACAUAAAAUUUCCGUACAUUUUAACAAAUGGCACAUUCCGUAACUCUGAAAACUAUCGAAGGAAGUACGAUAAAACCGUGGCAGUUCAAAUCAACCGGAAGCUCCUUAAACGAUACGGCCUCAAAGCAUACACCGAAAUCGAAUACUGCGACCAAACAAGCGUCAACGAAUUUCCCAUUGACCGCCUGGAUAUUGCAUUCCUGGUGAUUUUGGCCACACUCAUCCUGCUGCUUGCGGCGUCCAGCAUUUAUGAUUACUCCUGCAAAGAAUCCAGUGGAUUGGAUCACUAUAAACAAGACAUGCCCAGUCAAAAAUCACAGCUACUGACAUCGUUUUCUUUGCUCCGAAACUGGCACCGUUUGACUGCCCGAUCGCGCGAUCCUUUCAGUCGAGAUUUACGGGUUAUUCAAACACUCCGCUUCACAACCUACAUCCUGACGCUGAUCGGUCACGCAAGUAUCCUGGUGAUUCCACGAACCGGAUGGGUGAUCGAGGAAAAAUAUCGACAACUGUCCACGAUGAUCGUGGUGAAUGGGUUUCAGAUUGUUACCAUUUUCUUUGCCAUCAGUGGAGCUGUUUUUACUAUUAUGUACAUCCAGAAGAUUGGGGAAUCCGGUCGCAAGCCGGGACUGUUGGAGAUUGUGCUGAUUACGAUUAAUCGAUACAUUAGGUUGACUCCAGUUUACUCUUUGGUCCUGUUACUAGAGGCUAGCUGGUUUAUUCGUCUACAGGACGGCCCUUUUUGGAGAAGAGGAGUAGAAUCCGGUCUAACGUACUGUCGAAAAAAUUGGUGGGCCAAUAUGCUUUAUGUAAACAAUUACGUUACGAUGGAAGAACCGUGUAUGCAACAUUCGUGGUAUUUGGCGUGCGAUUUUCAACUUUCGAUUAUUGGAAUCGUGCUGGUGACACUGGUGAUGCGUAUGUCUAAGGGAAAAGCCAUCAUCCUUUCUAUCAUUACUGCGAUAUCGUUCGUCAUUCCUGGUUUGGUGAUCUACUUCAACGCUCUGGAAGGCGUGAUACUGUUUACACCAGAGGCCCGUCGAUUCAUCUUCUGGUACGAUAAGGCCUAUCACCAGGCGUAUCUUCCGACACACAUGAAUCUGUGCAUGUACAUGACAGGCAUCUGCAUGGGAUUUAUUUAUGUCAAGGCUAAGAACAGUGACAACAACGUGUUCCAAAAACUCGCCUUCAAACUGUCCUGGUACUCGAUCUUUAUCGUCGGUCCAUGUCUGUUUCUGUUCGGGCAGCUGUUCUACUUCAACGAUUAUCCGAAACCAUCGGUGUGGAUGUCGGUGUACUUUGCCGGGGCCAGAAUAGUUUGGGCCCUGAUAAUGGCGGUCGGCUUUUUCGGAUUCGUAUUUCAGGUGAACAAAUCGAUAACCCGACUGAUGCACAUCCGGCUGUUUGAAGUUCUCGGUCGGUUGACCUAUGGAGCCUACGUUGGACACUUUUUCAUCAUCAAAAUGAUGUUCUUCAAUGUGCGGGAGCCCUCGAAUUUGGGCACCUUUGAUAUGGCCACGAAAAUCAACGCGACUUUAUAUUUGUCCUACAUGUUAUCGCUGGCUCUCACUCUACUGAUUGAACUGCCUGUGUCGGCUUUGCAAAAAAUAUUACUCCAAAGGUUCACCACACGCAACACUCAGCACAUUCAACCGGAGGAAAGUCUAGAUACGAAGACAAACACCUUCAAUGGGUACCUGAACAGUGGUUUUAAGGAAAAUUUUCGAAGCCGCGAUGACCUAGCUUAAGUGUGAUGUUUUUUUUGUGUGAGAAUUAAUUAUUUACUAUUUUAUUGUACUUUUUUUUAUAA